GCUCGCCCGACCCUCGGCCAUCACUCGGCUUUUAUCGUCCCCGCGGGGUCGAGCCUACCUGGGAAUGCAGUGAAAACCGACAGAACGGGUUGUUCAUCGAGUACGUGUCGUGGGUCGUGAACUACAACGCGGAGGCCAAGAAGCUGUACGUGGUCGGCAACGCCGACGGGACUGUGUCGACCACAUCGAUCGGAGACAUCGCUGGCUAUCUCGCGCACGUCCUGACCCAGCACCCUCCCGCUGUCCUCGAGAACAAGAUCCUGCGCAUCGAAGGCGACCGCAUCCCGGGCUACCGCUCCCUCGGGCCGCUCUUUGGCGCGCAAGUCGAGACGGUCGAGACGAUGGAAGGCGAGAUGCCCCACUUCAAGUUGUUCCUAAUGGACCUCGCCGACCGGGGUGUCGCGACCACGGGUCACGGCGUCGAGGGCGUGUCCGACGAGGAGGCGUCCCGGAGUGGGAAUGCCCUGUGGGCGGGCCACCGGUGGGAGACCAUCAGGGAUUUUUACAGCUUGUAGGUUACGGAAAUCAAGCAGUGGUAGGAAAGCUGAAUAGAUUUGAAUGCUCAUGGCCAUGGGCAGUUUCGGGUCGUGGGGGAUUUGAGGGGCAUUCAAUUCUCAGAGAGGAGAGGGCUGUUUGAAAGCUGUCAAGGUUAAGGCUUAGAGCCUGUUCGGAUGUCUCGAAGUGACUUCUACUUUUCUUUUGAGUUGCCUUUGGAGUAGUCGGAGAAAAAGGAACGCAUUGUGUCACAUCUGUAACCUAAUGUGACUUUCUGUGGCCUUCAGUGUC